UAACCAAUCCCAAGUUUAUGCAAUCGCAAAUAGAUCGAACAAAACACGCGUAAAAAAUGUCUGGCCGAGAUGUUUCAGUGACUGAAACAGCGCAGAGCGAUCAGUAUUUGCCCGCCUCCACGGCCACAGCGCAACAGCAACAGCAAUAUUUUCGCUACCACAAGCAGCAGCAGCAGCAGCAGCAGCAGCAGCAACAACAACUGCUACAACAGCCACAAAGUUGCAUGCGACACAUACCACAGCAGCAACAGCAACAGCAACAGCAGCAACAACAACAGCUUCGACAGCUGCAGUGGGAACAGCAACAACAACUGGUCAACAGUUCGAGCGAGUUUGACGAGUUCCACUGGCCGAGCAAGCAGCUGCAUCAACCGGACGCUGUGGGCACUGUGGCUGGUGCUGUGGGUGGGGGUGGGGGUGGUGGUAAAAUCUAUAUAACACCCGCAGACAUUCCGCCACCGCCUCAUCCGCCGCAUCCGCAUCCGCAUCCACAUCCGCAUGGCAGCAACAGUCAUAGCCACCACAAUGGCAACAAAAGCAGACACCACCAGCAUCCUCAAUCUGCUAUGACGACACCACAUCGAACACCGCCGCAUCGCUGCAAAUGCGAGCAUCCAAUCGAGCUGCUGGACUAUGACUUUGAGGAUGCUGCGGCAGCGGCCACAACCGCCUCCGCCCUCCACGCGCACCGCCACCAGCACCCGCCCUACUACUACAAGCCAGCUGCCACCUUGAAUUCAGCGGGCGCCUAUCAGCUGAGACGCCACAGCGCCAAGCUGAAUGAGUCCAUGCUGGGCGGCAUGGGCGGCAGCAGCUUGGACGAUGAUGAUUUGCACAGCUCUGGUGGCUUUGGCGGCGGCAUAAACCGCUUCAAGAACCUGGUCUACUCCAAGGAAAAGAAGCGUAGAGUGCGCAUCAUAUUAUGUGUGGUUGGCGGAAUUAUCGCUAUAGCCCUGCUGGCUACAAUGCUGGCGCUUAUCCUGCGCUCGGACGACGAGAACGGCAGCAGCGAUAAGCCCAAGGACAAUGCCAUCAAUCUGGAGGAUGUGCUCAGCGGUCAAUUAUAUGCGAAACGCUUCAACGGCAGCUGGAGCAAUGGCAACAGCGUGAUCUACAGAGUCAAUGCGGAUAUUGUGGAGCUGGAUACAAAGACGCAAGUGGUUACCACGCUGCUGUCGAAUGCGGCGCACUAUGUGCUCUUCGAGAAGUCCGCUGAUGGCCAGCUGUUGCUCUUGGCCAAGAACUACAAGAAGAACUUCCGCUACAGCUUCUUGGCCGAAUACGACAUAUAUAAUUUCAGCUCGAACACCUUCACUCCGCUGACAAUUCGGAACGAGCAGGUGCUCCUCAGCAUGGUUCAAUGGGCGCCGGUGGGCAACGCGCUGAUCAUGAACUUCAACCGCAACUUGUAUUACAAGAAGAGUGCUCUGGAUCCAGAGAUAGCCAUCACCAGCGACGAGAAUGGCAUAUUUUUGAAUGGCAUACCCGACUGGGUGUACGAGGAGGAGGUGUUCAGCUCAAAUGUGGCCACAUGGUUCAACCCCACGGGCACUCAAAUCGCCUUCAUUCAAUUCGACGACUCGCCCACGCACGUCAUCAACUUCCCCUACUACGGCGAUGCCGGAGAUCUGCGUUUCCAGUAUCCGCUGCACCAGGAGAUCCCAUAUCCCAAGGCGGGCUCCUCAAAUCCCCGCGUCGUACUCUUUACGGCCGAUCUCGAGCGAGCGCUAGAGGGCAAAGAGUUCCUCACUUCGAUGCCAGUGCCAAGUGCCCUAAACACUGAAACCGACUACAUAGUCACAGUAGUCAGCUGGCUGGACAAUGAUAAUGUCUUGUCAGUCUGGAUGAAUCGUGUUCAAAACGCUGCCUAUGUCAUCACCUUCGAUGGACGUAGCCGCAAGGUGCUGUACAGCAUUGAAUCUAAGACCGGCUGGGUUGACCUUUAUACGGCUCCAUUCAAGAACCGCAACGGCUCCAAGCUGGCCUUCGUGCUGCCCCACGACAACUACAAGCAUCUGCAGCUGCUUGCCACAGAUGUGAGCAAUGCCAAGCUGGAGCCACUGACCAGCGGCAAGUUUGUGGUGGACAGUAUACUCCACUGGGACCCCACGCAUGACGUCAUCUUCUAUACGGCCAACACUGAGGAGCAUCCGGAGCAGCUGCAUCUCUAUGCGAUUCGAGCGCUGGCCACACGCAAGCAGACGCCCAAGUGUCUGACGUGCAAGCUGAUGACCUCGGGCGAUGUGGAGCAGAGCUACUACUCGGCCGUCUUCAAUGACAAUAAUCAAAUUGUGAUUUCCUCUCUGGGACCAGGCAUACCCACGACAGCCGUAUACGAAUGGACCUAUGCGAACUCUCAGGUAACUUUGAAGAAGCUAAUGGAUUGGGAGAAUAACGACGUAUUGCGCUCCAAGCUGCGAGGCGUGGCACUGCCCUCGCACAAGAUACUCACCGUCAACAUCGACGGCGGCUUCCAGGCGAAGGUGCUGCUCCAGCUGCCUCCCAAUUUGGAUACCAGCGGCUCAACCAAAUAUCCAAUGCUAGUCGAUGUCUACGGCGGACCCGAUUCCUAUUCCGUGACUAACAAAUGGAUGAUGGACUGGGGCACCUACCUGUCCUCGAACCAAUCUGUGAUCUAUGCCAAGAUCGAUGGACGCGGCUCGGGACUGCGCGGCGAGAACCUCUUGCAUGCCAUCUAUCUGCAACUGGGCACAGUUGAAAUCAGCGAUCAGAUCAAGGUUACGAAAAACCUGACGAAAAUGUUUGACUACAUCGAUGAUGAGCACAUCGGCAUCUGGGGCUGGAGCUACGGUGGCUAUGCCGCGGCCAUGGCGCUGGCCAACGAUGACAAUGGAGUGUUCAAGUGCGCCGCCUCUAUAGCGCCAGUUACCGAUUGGACCUAUUAUGACUCUAUUUAUACGGAACGUUACAUGGGUCUGCCGGAGACAAAUGAGAUUGGCUAUGCCAACUCGCGACUGAGCACGCGGGCCCAGAAGCUGCGGGGCAAGAAGUACUUGCUCGUCCAUGGCACAUCCGAUGACAAUGUGCACUACCAGCAGGCCAUGAUCUUGGCCAAGAAUCUGGAGCGACAUGACAUACUCUUUAAGCAAAUUAGCUACGCCGAUGAGGACCACGGACUGGUCAACGUACGCCCUCAUUUAUAUCACUCGCUGGACCGUUUCUUUGGCGAGUGCUUCGCCAGCAGCCGGCUGAUGAAGAGCGCCAAGUAGAAUGAUUAACUAUAUGAAUUUUACAGUAAUAUUUAAUGUAUUUAAUGAGAAAAUUGUAAAGCUUGCAGACAAGUUAGAGCAGUGCGAAUUAAUUGGUACUUAAAAA